UAAUGUGUUGGUCUUGAGUGGGUCCUAGGGGUCAGUAUUGAAUUGAAUUCCAAUGUGCAAGCAGAAUGCAGAAGUCCUAAGCUAGAAAAAGCUGCCCAAUGUUUCCCAAACCCUACUAUGCAUUAGCAUCACCUGGGAUUGGGCCUCUCACACUUUAUCCGAAUCACCUGGAGAUCUUAUUUAACUACAGGUUGUGCUUCAGUAGGUCUAAACUGAAGCCAGGACUUUGCAUUUCUAACAAGCGCCUGAGUUUGCGGAUGCGGCUGGCUCACAGAUUGUACUGAGUAGAAGCAGGGCCCUAAAAGGUUCUGAUUCAGUUAGUUUUGGGUUAGACCCGACAACCUGCGUUUUAACAAGCUUCCUCCGUUGCUUCUGAUGCCCAGAUGGAUUUCCAAAUUCCUGGAAUAAAUGGGUAAUACUGAAGCUAUAUUGAAUCAGCCCUGGGAACUAUUCCCAGUUCUGUCGUUAACCCCCGUGUUACCUUAGGCAAUUCCUUCCCUUCUGUAUGUCACAUUUUCCUCAUCAAGAAAGGAUGGAGAAAUUGAUUUCUUAGUCACUUCUAAACUCUUACGUUUGAAGAAACCGCCAGGACAAUUCAACGGCCAGAGACGGCCUUAGUCUGAGAACUACAAUCCCCACCAUGCCCUGCGCUCCUCCGCUCUCACGUGAGGUCGUGGAGGGGUGUGGCUAGUGGAGGAGCUCCCCACAAUCCUUUGCGGUGCUUCAAGAUGACGGCGCCCAGAGGUUCCGUGAGCGAUUUGGAGAGCAGCAGCACCAGCAGCAGUGAUGCAGAGGAGUUGGCGCGGUGCCGUGAGGCGGCGAUGCCGGCCUGGGGCUUGGAGCAGCGCCCGAGGGGGCCGGAGAAGCCAAGAGCUGAUGCAGCAGAUAAUCGGUUACCAACCACCCAGCGGAGCCGCAGGCACAAGGUGGAUGAGCAUGAGCAAGAUGGUAACGAGCUUCAGACCACCCCCGAAUUCCGAGCCCACAUAGCCAAGAAGCUGGGAGCCCUACUGGACAGCUCCAUUACCAUCUCAGAAGUCGUGAAGGAGCCGACAAAGGCCGAGGUACAGAAGAGAGUCACCCCAGAGGAUGAUGGCUUCCGCCUUUUCUUCACCUCCAUACCUGAAGGCCCUGAAGAGAAAGCUUCUCCCCAGCCCUGCCGAAAGCGACUGCCUUCCAGCUCCAGCAGUGAGGACAGCAACGAGGAGUGGCAGCGGUGCCGGGAGGCAGCUGUGUCAGCCUCUGACAUCCUGCAGGAGUCUGCCAUCCAUGGGUCUGUCAAGGGGGAGAAAGAGGCAAAGAAGAAGAAAAGGAAGUUGAAAAAGAAAGCCAAGAAGGAGGCCAGCGCAGACUUGACCGCAGCCACCACCACAAGCAAGGCCACAGUCGGGAAGCAAGAAAAGGAGUCAGCCAAGCUCAACGGAGACCAGACAUCACUUGGGACCAAAAAGAAGAAAAGGAAGAAAAAGGCAGAGAAGGCCAGUGAGGCUUCCCCAUUACCCCCAGCAAGGAGUACAGCAGCCAUGUCUGCAAACUGACCCCAGCCUGUGGGCACAGGGCACAGCUAGCCCCAGUACCAAGGCACCCACUGGGACAAGGCAUUGCCGAGACCUGUCUCCCUCUCCAAGGACUUGGUUGGCCAGUCCAGGCUCUGCACAAGGGCCAGACUGGGGCUUGCCCAAGGGUCGGGGCAAAGCCGUGGUUAUAGGGUGAGAAGCCUAAGCAAGGCCUGCCCUUUUGUGCUCCCACUGGAGGCUGGGGCAGACCUGUGGUACCAGAACGUUCUGUGGCCUCAGGAAGAAAAAGCCUUCCAGUCAUUCAGUACUAAUGGCCAAGUGGUGAAGCUUCCAUUUCCCCAGUGCUGUCUGCGGAGAGAGAGGGAGGGAGGCCUUUUCCUUCCUCUCCACCUCCUCAGCCUGUUGUGGGAUACAAUCUCAAGGAAAUGAGAGAAGGGGUCCCUGAGGUGCCGAGGCCCAAAGAGUUUGUACUUCUCCCCCAUGCCACACAGACUGGAUAUAACAUUGUCUGAAAGAGAAGGAGAGAGAUUUUUUCCCCCCUCAUUUUUCCAGAAUUUUUUUUUUCCUCCAUGCACGAUCAUGUCUCUGAGCCAACCAGAUUAUCGAAAAUAAAUUGUCGGACCCAACGCGUAACAAAGUGAUUUGGGUGCUGCCUCUCGGUCAAUGCUGAAUCUUGAUGAGACAUUUUAAAUAAGCAUCAGACAGGAGGAGUCCUCCUGCCUACACCCCAACAUGGGUUCCUGCACCCCAGCUUCAAGACUUCAGGAAGGAACAGAAGCUCCAGGUUGAGGUAAAAUUCUGGCUUUGUCGCCUUGCCUCAGAUUCGGCAGAACCAGGAGGACAGGUGGGGUGUGAGGGAGUGUGUGCUGGACCCCUCACUCCUCAGGCCCCCGGUGCACCCCUGCCUCCCUCUGCGUGCCCAACCCCAUCUGGGUGAUGUGUGGACAAGCAAGAAGUUUCCGAUACGUCCUUUCUUUACUAAAAGUUAAAUAAAUGUACAGACCUGCCCUUAGCUGGCUGCAAGCCGCAGGGGUUGCUGGUUCUCCCAGGCCCUUCCUCAGUCACGGGUUGGAGGCAGACUCCGAGGGCCAGUUUAUCUGCAGCAGCCUCAGGGAGAUGAGGUCGCAGGAGCCCCGGGUUUACACAGCUGCCUUGUCCCUCCCAGUGGGGCUCAGGGGCUCAGGCUCCCCAUGGGCUGCGCCUGCCUGCUCUUUGCCCCAUCCCUCCGCCUGCCAGGCCUCCAAGCUUCCAGGCCUCCGUCCUGUCCAGACGGGUGGUCCUCCCUGCCGCUCGCCUCUCGCUUCUCCCUGUGGGCACCUCCACUCUGCCUGCUGCUCAGACCUUGCUGCCUUCUGAGCUCAGCAGCUUCUCCCCGAACCAGGGAAGGUCUGCAGGGCCCCAGCGGCCAGAGGAGUUGCUACCCCAGGACUUAGCACCAGGUGCAGAGUUGCAAGCCUCCCACUUGAACAAGGACAAGUUACUAGCCUUAAGGGGGCUUUUCAGUAGAGGCAAGAUGCCAGGCUGACAUCAGAAGGCAUGGUGCUCGGGGGAACGAAAGUCCCAGAAAACUGGAGGUCAUGGGGUCCAGAGAGAGGGAUGGCUCAGGAUGAGGGAAGCUGGAGAGCCCUGAUGCCCUUGCUGUCAGCUUGGGCUCCCCUAGGGCUUGGAUGUCUGAGCCCCAGGCCCUGGGACAGAGUAGCCCCUCAGGGAAAGCGUAAGCUGUGAGUGGGGGACAGGAGUGGGUACAAAUGGGCAUGUGGGUCCAUAGCAGGAUGGAGUGGCCUGGACAGGGCAUCGGUGACAGAAUGGGGACACACUGAUCUAGGGCGUCUCUUGUUGCUCAGUGAGUCACAGCUACACAGGCUGUGUCCUGAGACGUGUGGCUGCCAGAGCUCCCUUCAGGGUACCGGGGCUCCCCACAGGCCCAGGCUGGGGGUAUCAGCAUCCAAAGCCUGUCCCCCUCUGCUCCAAGUGACAGGAUUUCCCCUGAGCAGCGGGGACAGCCCCUCCCGUGUCCUGCCAGGAACACGCUGUGCUUCCCAGCGCUCCACAGUACCCCCAUGUACACCAAAGCAGCCCACCUCGGGUCAGGGCCCCUCAGGACCCCUCCCUCUCUGACACUGACAGAGCAGGGUGGGGACCGAGGCACAGUUUUCCAGAGAAGGGCAGCAGCUCUGUGGCAGCAAAAGUUUUGCAGGUUCAGAUGUUCUAGUCACCCCCCAAGUGGGCCGUGCAGGCUUCGGUGCCCAGCCCCUGGGAGGCGGUAGCCAUG